CGGAAAGCAGGGACAAGCGGAGAAUGGGUCAGGUAGAUAGGCGCUGUGCGAAGAGCGGUCGGGUGCUGUUCAACUGCUGCCGGGCAGUUCCUUCGUGUUACAGGAGAAAGUAACGUUUAGGCCAAUGGCGGAACGGGUUUUGAGGUCAAACUGAAGGAUGAUUGUCAAGAGUUUUCACAAUCCAUAUAGGUAUUCUACCAGGAUAUAUCCUGUUUAAUUUAUGCAAAUCCAGAGAGUGUUCAAAUCAUCUGUUUUGAUCCACUGCCUACUCCUAAAAUGGAGCAUUAUUCAAGAGAAAAUGACAGCAUUGUGCCAUCACUUACUGAUUUGGAAGGUUUUCUCACAGAACAUAAUUCUAACGUUGUGUGGCUGUUUGUUGCCACAAUCCUAUCAUGUGGAUGGAUCAUUUAUUUGACUUACUACAAUUCCCGUAAUUUAGGUCUGAUCCUGACUCAGGUUCUUAAUAGACUCUAUAAAAAUGGAUAUGUCCACAUUGGUUCAUUUUCAUUCUCUGUGUUAUCUGGAAAGGUCAUGUUUCGUGAAAUUUAUUAUAUCAAUGAAGAUGUGUCUAUCAGAAUCCAAGAUGGAUUUCUUAUCUUUCGUUGGUGGAAAAUGUACAAUCCCAAACAGAAGCAGCAUGAUCCAAAAGCAGAAACAAGAUUAUAUAUAACAGUGAAUGGAUUUGAAUUCCAUGUUUACAAUCGUUAUGACCUGUAUGCACAUUUGCAAGAACUCUUUGGAUUGGAACCAGCAAUCAUUCCUAAAAGCGAAAAUGCAAAGAUCAAAAAGAGUAGGGAGAAAGCAAAGUCUAAACUUGAAAGCAUUACAACUGAAACACAAGAUCCUUCAUCAUCCUGGCGAUCACUCAUCCCAGUGAUUAAAGUUGAUGUUAAUACAGGUCGCCUGGCAUUUGGAAACCGUUUUUUACCUCAGACGCUCUGCAUAAAUUUUGAUGAUGCUUUCCUGACUUAUACUACAAAACUACCUUCUAGUCAUCUUGACCAAUUUAUGCACAUCGUGAAAGGAAAAUUGGAAAAUGUUAGGGUUAUGCUUGUUCCUAGUCCAAGAUACGUUUGCCUGCAAAAUGAUGAGCCACCCCGGUUGAUGGGAGAGGGCUUUGUAGUAAUGCAGUCAAAUGAUGUUGAUAUCUAUUACUACAUGGAUGAACCAGGUAUUGUACCUGAAGAAACAGAUGAAAAUGCUGAAGAAAGUCCUGAUAAUGAAAGUACAAAAUUAGAAGACUUGCCACCCUGUUGGGGACUUGACAUUGUUUGUGGUAAAGGAACAGAUUUCAACUAUGGACCUUGGGCUGAUAGACAAAGGGAGUGUUUAUGGAAGUUUUUCUUUCCAGCUGAUUAUCAGAAGUUGAAAGUUACUGAACCAGCAAAACCUAGAAAACCACGGCAAAUUCUAGCAUUUGAAUUGCGCAUGAAUAUCAUUGCAGAUGCGACUAUUGAUUUGCUUUUUACAAAGAACCGGGAGACCAAUGCCAUACAUGUAAAUGUUGGAGCAGGUUCAUAUUUGGAAGUCAAUGUUCCCAUGACUGUAGAUGAAAAUGGCUUUUCACCGACUAUUAAAGGUCAGCUUCUCCAUGUGGAUGCAACGAGUAGCAUGCUGUAUCGAACUCUGUUGGAAGCAGAAAUGUUAGCUUUUCAUCUCAAUGCCACCUAUCAAAGGAUAUGGAACAUGCCUCAGGAGUGGCAAUGUGAAAUUGAAGUAUAUAAGGCAACGUAUCAUUUUAUUUUUGCUCAGAAGAACUUCUUUACUGAUUUAAUACAAGAUUGGGCCAGUGAUAGUGCUCCAGAUAUCUACUCAUUUGUUCCAUACACUUGGAAGAUGAAAUUGAUGUUUCAUCAGUUUGAGAUGAUCUGGGCAGCUAAUCAACACAACUGGGUAGAUUGCUCUACCAAACAGCAGGAAAAUGUUUACUUAGCAGCAUGUGGAGAAACACUGAAUAUCGAAUUCUCAUUGCCUUUCAGUGACUUUGUUCCUGAAACUUGCAACACAAAAUUUUGUUUGAAGGCAGAAAAUAUAGAUCUGCGUUUAUUUCUCCCCGACUGCCACCCUAGUAAGUAUGCUACUGCUACGUUAGUAAAUGAUUCCCAGCCCAACAAAGUAAAUCCUCAGGCAUCUGCUUCAAACGAGUCUCAAGCUAGUCAAAAAGCACGAAAGCUGAAAUGGCGCAAUGUUACCCAACCAGAGUCUGAUUGGAUUGAGUGUUGGUCUGUACCAAAUAUUUUACUUACUAUUGACUAUACUUGGCAUCCCAUCUACCCUCAGAAGGCUGACGAGCAACUGAAGCAAAGCUUAUUUGAAAUGCAGCAGUUAACAUCAAGAUCAUCACAGAAGACUUCAGAACGAAUUAUGCAUUCUCCUAUAGUUUCACAAAAACUGCGGAUAGACCCAUCUGAACUUUUACCUGAUAAACUACAUGUGGAACUAGAAAUGGCUCCAGAUUCACAAAUCACUCUCUAUGGUCCAUUGCUUAAAGCAUUGUUGUGUAUAAAGGAAAACUACUUUGGAGAAGAUGACAUGUAUACAGACUUCGAGGAAGCUCUGACAAGUCCUGUUCUGUCAUUGUCAACAUCUUCUAGUUCUGGAUGGACAGCAGUUGGUGUUGAAGAAAAUGAGAAAAAAGAAACUGAGGGUGGAAGUAAGCAAAUUCACCCACUUACUCUCCGCCCUUGGGAUAUCUCUGUCCUCAUUAAUUUAUAUAAAGUACAUGGAAGACUCCCAGUGCAUUGUAGUGGUGAUGGUUCAGAAUGCCCAUCAGCAUUCCUGGAGAGGCUUUGUUUUGAAAUGAAGAAGGGUUACAAGGAGACCAUGCUGCAGCUUAUAUUGUCACCUGUAUAUAUUUUUGUAAGCGAUAACUACCCGAGGCCGUCUGUGGAUGGACUACUACGUGAAGGUCAUAUCAGUCUGUCAGGAUUGCAGCUACGAGCCCAUGCCAUGUUCUCAGCAGAAGGGCUACCACUAGGAAGCACUACGUUGGAAUAUGCAUGGCUCAUUGAUGUGCAAGCAGGCCUGUUUACAGCAAAAGUAACUUUGCCACAGUUAGCAACUUUACUGGAGUGGGGUCAAACAUUCGUCUUUCAUGUGAUGUGUCAAGAAUACGAAUUAGAGAGGCCUAAAUGUAUUGUCCUUUGUCAGCAUGGAGUUGAUCAGCGUUUCUGUGAUUUAAAGCUAAAAAGUGUGCCUGGGCCAUGUCAACAAGCUGACAAUUUGAAGUACACAAUGACUCGCAUAGCAAUUGAUGGAGCAGAUCUUUUUAUUGUUGAACAUGGUUGUGCUGGCAAUUUAAAGAUAGGUGCGAUUCGCAUUGCUACUUGUAAUCUUCAUAACCAAGCAGUUGGAGAAGGUGUAAGUGCUGUCAUGCAAGAUGUUCAGUUGAAGCAAUAUAUUGAACAAUUGGAAAACAGUAGGCUUGGAGUUCAAUCCACAGUACUCCGUCGAUCAUAUUGGCUGGAAGCUGGUUCAGUAAAUUUUGGAUUAAUCACUGCAGAUGUAGCUUUGGCUGCAGAUCAUCCUGCAAAGCAUGAAGUGCAGAGGCAAUUUUUGGAAACACAUGAUAACAGAACUAAAAGGUUGUGGUUUCUGUGGCCAGAUGAUGAUGUUAAGAAUAAACGAAGUAAGAAUAAGUGUGGCUGCCUUGGAGGUUGCAAGUUCUAUGCAGGCAUAUGUUCAGCACUUGAUUUCUUUAAACUGGAUGAAAUGACUCCCUCUACAAGUUCUGCCUACUCUGCCAUAAACACGGAAUUAGAGAUGUUCUAUGGUCAGUCACUGUUGCAGCCAAAUGAAUGGAUAAUAUCAAAGGAUACUUCAAAAACCGCAGAUGGUAAGACAAAUGGGGUAAAAAGAAAAGAGUGGGAUUGCAGAUCGUUAGGAACUGAUUCAGAGAGAAAGAACCAGCAUAAUAACUUGCAGGUGCCUUUACGAUCGCAUAGUUCAACAUCCUCGUCGGAAGAAAACAGUAGUUCUACUGCUGCACUCCCUCUGUUGGCAAGUGAAAAAAACAGUCCUUCCUCGAAUGCUGAUGACAAUGUUAUACAGAUGCAUAUUCCUGUUUUAAGCACAGAGGAAACAAUUGGAAAUGGUCCAGCAGAUGUUUCAGGAAGCACUCCUGUUUCUCCCAAUGUUCAAGAUAAAUCUUUCGCCCAAUCUCCUUUGAAACGGCAGGCCUCUGUUUCUUCUACACGACUUGGAAGUACCAAGAGUUUGUCAGCAGCCAUUUUUGGUGAGCGGCAGCCUGCAACGAUGGGUGUACAAUUCACCAGCGAAGUGUCUCGGAGUGAUGAAAACGUUUUGGAUUCUCCUCGUCAGAGGAGGAGCUUUGGAUCCUUCCCCUUUACUCCUUCAGCGGAUUCUCACACCUUUCAUCAGUAUCGAUCAGUUGAGUCAAGUAUAUCUGUCGCUGACAGCGAGGCAUACUACUCCGCUGCUGAAGACUUUGAUCCAGUCAGUAGUGAUGAAGGUCCAGGAACCUAUCCCGGAAGAAAGAAGAGACGCCGUGCCCAAGCAGUAGACUACAGCAGGAGCACAAUUUAUCACAGUGUGGAGGGACCACUAACUACUUCUGUUAAUGGAGAUAACCAGGAACCCAAAAACUACUCCAUAAAAACUCAUGCCUCUCAGGCAUCUUUUGUUUCUGCUCUUGAAGGGGAAGAAGAGAUAACUGACCAUAUUUAUACUGUUGAAGGUGACAAGUCUGUAGAUAACAGACAGCAAACACAUCAGCAGAUUGUAAUGGCUUCUUACUUAAAUUACCUUACACAGUUACAGGUCUCCAACUGGUCAGUAAAACAACCAACAAACAAGAGAACAUCAAAAUCUUCUCUGCAUCGCCCUCUUGAUCUUGAUACCCCAACCAGUGAGGAGAGCUCCUCUUCAUUUGAUCAGCUUUCUGUUCCCUUUUUUAAGGUUAUUAAACAAGGUCUGACAGCAAGUGCAUUACUUGAUAGAGGUGCUCAACUAAUGGGAUCUAAUGAAAGUACUCCAUAUACUCCAUUGGAAAGGACGACAAUGGAAAACACAGAUGAUGAGACAGUUACUGAGCAAUGGAGUGUUGAUCAGCCAGUCACUCAGACCAGAACUACUGCCAUUGUGGAAGUAAAGGGAGCAGUGGAUGUUGUCCUGAGCCCACUUGUGACAGAAGCCUUUGAUAGAUAUUUUGAAGCAAUGGUCCACUUUUCCAGCAUUUGGCACCCUUCUGCAAUUGUAGACAAUCUGCAUGCUAAAGUGCUGAAGGAGGCUCUUCUGAAUAGCAAAUCAACAAAUUCAGAACACACAACUACAAAACAUGAAAGUAGAGCCUCCAAAAUAGAAAAUAGCACAACUGGUGUAACAAAAUCAAGCCAGGCACACAAAAACCCAACAAAUAAACAAGACAAUGUGAAAAUAAAGGGUCUUCAAGCUAAUGUUUCCAUUCCAAAGGUGAAUUUAUGUCUUUUACAAGCUUCAAUGGAAGAACCUCCAAACUUCAUCACAAACAAGAACAUCAGUCAGGUUUCUCUGGUUGCAUUGUGUUUUGACAGAAUUUCUACCCAAAUUUUGAUUAACAGGGGAAUAGUAGAAGAUGGAAGCAGCAAUCCAGAUGCAGGGAGAGUUUCUGUUGCAUUUGACAAAUACGUAAAUGCCAGUAAGAUGCAGCCACAGUCAUCUGGCUCUCUUAGGUCAAAUGCAGGUGCAGAGAGGGGAAAAGAAUUGGCUGCCAAGCUCAAUGUCCAUCGAAUUCAUGGCCAGUUAAGAGGUCUUAGUGCAACAGACUUAGGAGCAUGUGCAAUUACUGCUAUUCCUUUUGAGAAGUCAAAAGUUCUCUUCACAUUAGAAGAAUCUGAGGAUUUUAGUUUCACAGAUGAUACUGAACAUCUUAAAUCUACUGAAACAACCAAACCUCCUCAAUAUAUAGAGAAGUGGGGCUGGAUAAUGUUUGAAUGUGGGAUUGAAAAUUUAACCAUAAAAGGAGGAAGACAGUCAGGAGCUGUUCUGUACAAUGUGUUGGGGGCUCUUGGAAAAUCAAAUACAGCAGAAGGAAAUGGGAUGCUGAAGUCAGGUGAUAGCACUGGUUCUCCGACUGGCAGUGGCUAUAGCACUGAUGUAUCAGAAGAUAACCUGCCUCGUGAUGAUAAAAGUCGAACUUCAGACAACAAUGGAAAUUCAGCGUCUGAUGAUCAGGAUGAAGGGGUUGAGUCUGAUGACCUCAAGAAAGAUCUUCCACUGAUGCCACCGCCCCCAGAUUCCAGCAGCAUGAAACUUACCAUUAGCGAGAUUUGGUUCAGCUUUGCCGCCCCAACCAAUUUACAUUCACAGGUUCAGAUUUAUUCCAGGCAGCUGAAUCUUUUAAGCACAGCUACACCAGCUAUUAGUGCCUGGCUUAUUCCCAUUGAUCAGCUGAAAUCAUCCCUGAAUAAACUGGAAAUGGAAAGAACUCUCCGUGUGUGUGCUGUGAUGGGUUGUAUUAUGACAGAAGCUCUAGAGAGAAAGAGUGUACAUUUUCCACUGAAAAGCAAAUACAACAGAGUUAAUAAAUUGGCUCAGUAUCUACAAGAAAAUCCUUCCUGUUUAUUGUGCAAUAUACUUCAUCGAUACUUAUACCAAGCAGACUAUUCUGUCAUUGAGGAUGCCACUAUGAACAAUGGGCUUCCUGCACUAGUCACUCUAAAGAAGGGCUUGGUGGCAUUAGCGAGGCAGUGGAUGAAGUUCAUAGUUGUCACCCCAGCUUUCAAAGGAGUUACUUUAUUGCUCAGGCCAGCACAACUGCCAAAGCCCCAGCCAAUGACCCAGGCUCACCUUCAAGCUUGUGGUUUGGAUAAUGGAGGCGCCAUACAAAGUGACACAAGUGCAGAUGGAGCAGAAUUUGAAUUUGAUGCUGCUACAGUGAGUGAACACACUAUGCUUUUGGAGAGCAGUCGUCCACCAGGAGGUGGAACAACCUCUGGACCAGUAACUGGCUCUGAUAUCAUGAGAAAGUUAUCCAAAACAAAUACUCAUGCACAUGAAUCCACUCUUAAGAUAAAAGGUGUUCAUCCUUACCAAUCUCUCAGCUACACCAGUGGAGAUACAGUAGCAGACUCACCUGCCCAUAUUAGCCGAGCAGGACUGCCAACAAGGGAAAGUCCUAGAAAGGAAAGUCUACUGAGCUAUUUGACUGGGAGCUUCCCUAGUCUUCACAAUCUUCUUGAAGGAACUCCACAACGUAAUGCAACAGUGAUUAAAAGCAGCUCACUUACACGUCAAGGAAAUGCUGUUGCUACAGAUAUGUUGUCUGAACAUCCACUUUUGUCUGAACCAUCAUCAGUCAGUUUUUAUAACUGGAUGUCAAAUGCUGUGAGUAACCGAGGAAGCAUUACUCAAGAAUCACCAGUGCCUAGAUCUGGCCACAACGCUCUUCCCACAGGUUUGAUGUAUAAUCUUCCAACAAUACAAUCUGCAUCUGACUUUAAUACAAUGCUGUCCAGUGAUCAGAACACUUUGGAUGGCACGCAGUCACAGAAUAGCACCAGUCAGGAUGAAAUUGUUGGUAUUGAGGAGGGUAAUCAAGGCCCUCCUGCUGUUCAGCUGGCUGAUGCACAGGUUGUGUUUAAGCCUUUACUGAGCAACACCGGAAUACAAUCACAAGAUAUUGUACCUUUAACUUAUGGGAUGUAUUUUGGGAAACAUUUGUCAUUUUCUGGAAGCCUGGAUUGUCUCAGAGCCGAUAUUGUUGAUUCUGAUACAUCGAAAGAAAGAAAGAUCAGAAGAAAAAGAAGACAGGGCAUGAUAAAUCUUCCACCUCUUGACUUCAAACCAGCCUUGAUGUUUAACACCUUUUGCAUAAAUGCUAUUGUGAUGGACAGGCCAACUUAUAACCAAAACUCAACAAAUACUCUUGCAUUCCACGAACUUAAUAGACAUCAUCAGAACACCUUCCAUGUUAACUUUACUAUCUCCUGUCAGUCUAUCAGCCAGCACGUGGACAUGGCAUUAGUCCGCCUCAUCCAUCAAUUUAGCACAAUGGUCGAUGAUAUAAAGGCUACUCAAACAGACAUUAAACUGAGUAGAUACACAGCUGGGUCUGUAUCUCCCACGCCAACAUUCAAAACACGAAAACAUCGGGAUUUCCGUUCAUCAGAUUUCAGUCGCAGUUCUCGUGGCAGUCUUAAUGGAGGUGUCAGAGGAAAUAGCACAAAAGCAAGCAAAAGACUUGGAAAUGAGAACAAUAAAAGAGAAACACGAAAUAAGAAUUCAUCAGGUCCAACACAAAGAAGAACCUCAAAGGUUUCCAGGAAGGGAUCAAAGGAUGUAGUGGACCAUGUGACUAUUCAUAUGGAUGACUCUGACUCAAUCACUGUGUCUGAACAAAGUGAGCCUUCUGCAGAGUGUUGGCAGAACAUGUACAAACUGCUUAACUUUUAUUCAUUAAUCUCAGAUCCAACGGGUAUCCUUGAAAAAUCUUCUCCAGAUGUAUUGGAGCCUCCAGGUGGUCGAAGUCCCACUGAUCCUGCUUGCAAAGUAAUCUUUGAAAAUGAACAAGAGUGCUCGAGUCCUAAUAAAUUAUCAAGAAAGCGCAGCUUAGUGAAUUCUGAACCUCAGCACGUUACCCUCAUAGUAUUUGGAGUUGGUAUGGUGAACCGUACUCAUCUAGAAGCAGACAUUGGAGGUUUAACAAUGGAAGCAGAGCUUAAGAAGAUCCAUGGAAGUUUUACUGUGAAAGAGAAGAUGAAAGAUGUUUUGCACCAAAAAAUGACGGAAACCUGUGCAACUGCUCACAUAGGUGGUGUAAACAUCGUCCUCCUGGAAGGAAUUACACCAAACAUUCAAACUGUAGUUAAAUGCAGUAUUGCCAAAUCUCAGGCCCUCUACAGUGCGCAGAGAGGACUUAAGACCAACAACACAAUGGUUAUAAAAGUAGGAGCGAUCAGCAUCAAUAUCCCACAACAUCCUGCUACACUACAUAGCAUGAUGGUUCGGAGCUCUCACCAGCUCUCCAAACAAAUUUCUGAUCUCAUUCGUCAGCCAUCAACAGGCAUACCAGUGCCAAAGGAGGAUGUUUCUACUCCGCAACCCUCUGAGAAGCCACCUUCAAGUGUCAAUCAAACUCCUGUUGAAACAAAUGAAUUUCCUCAGUUGCCAGAGGGUUUGGAGAAGAAGCCAAUUGUACUUAAAUUUAGUGCCUUGUUGGAUGGCAUCACCAUUGGUGCUGCAUUACUACCAUCUCUUAAAGCGGAAUACAAAAUGGGCAGGAUGAAAAGUCAUGGAAUGACAGGAGCCCAAACACGGUUCACAUUUGAGCUGCCCAGUCAUAGGCUGCGCUUCCAGUCCAAAGUAACACCUGUUGACGUGGCAGCAUUGCCACCAUCAGCCAGCCUUAAUCUACCACAAGUUACCAUGUCUGGAGAAUAUAUCAUGGAAGAGCAUGAGUGUCACCCAGACAAAUCCUGGAAUGCAGAUGAAUUCCCAUUGAAACAAGGCAACUACCUACAGGGGAACUAUUUGCGAUGUGUUGCUGAGGUUGGUUCUUUUGAGCACAACUUGACAACGGACCUUUUGAAUCAGCUAGUCUUUCUACAGAAAGUUUUCAUGAAAGAGGUCAAUGAAGUAAUUCAGAAAGUAUCAGGUGGGGAGCAACCUAUACCACUGUGGAAUGAACAUGAUAUUUUAAUGGAUGGAGAAAAGCCCAAAAUUUUGCUAUAUUCUUUAAAUCUACAAUUUAAGGGUAUCCAGGUUACAGCAACUACUCCUUCCAUGAGAGCUGUAAGGUUAGAGACUGGACUUAUUGAACUGGAACUUUCAAAUCGUAUCCAAGCUAAGGCACAACUAGGUGCAGGCCAUAACAGCAGUUACCUGAAACUGUUUGGCAAAUGUCAGGUUGAUCUAAACCUGGCACUAGGACAAAUUGUUAAACAUCAGGUCUAUGAGGAGGCUGGUUCAGAUUUUCAUCAGGUAGCAUAUUUCAAAACACGGAUCGGAUUGAGAAAUGCAUUGCAAGAAGAGAUCAGUGGUGCAUUUGAUAGAGAAGCUGUACUCAUCACGCUUAGUCGGCCAAUAAUAUAUGCACAGCCUGUGGCCUUUGAUAGAGCUGUCCUUUUCUGGCUAAACUACAAAGCUGCCUAUGACAACUGGAAUGAGCAACGAAUGGCAUUACAUAAGGAUAUUCAUGUUGCUACAAAAGAGGUUGUUGACAAGCUGCCUGGAAUUCAACAGACCUCUGCUCAAGCAUUUGGUACACUCUUUUUGCAGUUGACUGUGAAUGAUUUGGGCAUCUGUUUACCUAUCACCAGCACUAUACAGGCGAAUCAUGCAACUGAUCUUGACCCUGGCUCAGCUAUGGUUCUUACAAUUGAGAGCACCUUGAUCACUGCUUGUUCAUCUGAAUCCCUCGUGAGCAAAGGUCAUUUCAAAAAUUUCUGCAUACGAUUUGCAGAUGGGUUUGAAACAAGUUGGGAUGACUGGAAACCUGAACUUCAGGGAGAUAUUGUAAUGAAUGCUUGUGUGGUACCAGAUGGAACAUAUGAAGUGUGUUCACGUACUACUGGGCAGGCUGCAGCAGACAGUAGCAGUGCCGGAACCUGGACACUAAAUGUUUUGUGGAAAAUGUGCGGUAUUGAUGUGCACAUGGAUCCUAACAUAGGGAAAAGACUCAGUGCCUUGGGUAACACAAUGACAACUUUGACUGGUGAGGAAGAAAGUGAUGAUAUUGCUGACCUGAACUCAGUCAACAAUGUUGAUCUAACGGAUGAGGAUGAACCUGACAGCAUGUCCCCCACCAUCAUGGCUGAAAGUAGUGAAUAUCGAAGACAGGGGGUUACUGGGAGCCAAACAGCAGAUCCAAGGGGAAGAAAGUUUGUCAAACGUUUAGUGGAUAUGAGGGAAUUGAAUGAACAAGCCAAAGUUAUCGAUGACCUGAAAAAACUUGGUGCAAGUGAAGGAACAAUAAACCAAGAGAUUCAACGUUAUCAGCAAUUAGAAUCAGUAGCAGUUAAUGAUAUUCGCCGAGAUGUUCGCAAAAAACUAAGGCGAUCCAGCAUGAGGGCAGCGUCCCUUAAAGACAAGUGGGGUCUAGGUUACAAGCCCAGCUACAACAGGUCGAAAAGUAUCUCAGCCUCUGGAAGACCACCAAUGAGAAGACCAGAAAGGACCAGUUCCAGAGUUAAUGAAGUGGAAGAUGCUGGUGAAGUCCAAACUCCAGAGCAACCAAUACCAGGGUCAGGACCGAGAGUGACUUUUAAAGUGCAGGAAAUGCUGAAUGAAACAGCUUUGACUGUAGCGAGGCAAGCCAGCACUCCAAAGGAUGGGUAUUUUCAGUUCCCUGAGGAGACAGAACUGGAUCUGUUAUCAGUCACCGUUGAUAGUCCAUCUCAUUUUUCACCUAUCAGUGAUCGUUCAGUGUUUAGUUCACCUAACACCCCACAUGUUGCUCAACAAAGACUUGCCUUCCAGCUUGACGAUGCAAAGCGCGAUGAUAGUUUGACAUCUUCUAGUGAAGAAUCUGAACGGGAUGAAGAGUUUGAUAAAGAGAAAACACAAUACAUCAGGAAGACACCACAUAGUUUGCGUAAAAAGUCUCCUGGCUUUGCUGCGCUUUUUAGUGACCGAUGGCCAUCGGCAGCAAUGAACAGAAAUUCUCUUAAUGCGACAACUGAAAGGAACAUUGAUUUUGAGCUUGACGUUAGAGUUGAGAUUGAAAGUGGAAAAUGUGUUUUACACCCAACUACCCAGCAGCCUCAGCAAAUGGAACAUGAUGAAUUCAACUUGAAAAGGAAUAUUGAGAAGAAUUUAAAAAACGUGGACCAGGAAACACCUCCAAAGAGGAAAAAACCUCAUCAAAACUAUACUUCAAGUACUCAUGUAUCAGGUGGCAAAAAAGUACCACAUACUCUUCAGACCAAAACUACAGAGUUUGAAACUACGGUUUUUUACAUUCCAGGAGUAGAUGUAAAGCUGCAUUACAAUUCCAAAACUCUGAAGACUGAUUCACCUAAUGCAUCCAGAGGGUCAUCUUUGCCAAGAACUCUUUCUAAAGAAUCAAAGCUAUAUGGAAUGAAAGAUACUGGUCUUCCUUCUCUAUCCACUACCACCUACACAAAGGGGACUCUCUUGAUUCCUCCCCAACCUCCACCUUUACCAUCAGCCAAAGGGAAAGGGAGUGGAGGUGUGAAAACAGCAAAGCUUUAUGCUUGGGUUGCUUUGCAGUCCCUUCCUGAAGAAAUGGUCAUUAGUCCUUGUCUGCUGGACUUCCUGGAAAAAGCUCUGGAAACAAUUCCCAUCACUCCAAUUGAAAGAAAUUAUACAGCACUCAGCUCCCAAGAUGAAGAUGUGGGGCAGUUUGAAGUUCAGGAUGCUUUAGAGGAAUCAACAAUCUCUCUCGUAUCCUCGUCUACAUCAGCAUAUUCCUCAUUUCCUGUGGAUGUUGUGGUUUAUAUUAGGGUCCAGCCAUCACAGAUCAAGUUCAGCUGCUUACCUGUGUCAAGAGUUGAAUGUAUGUUAAAACUUCCUUCGCUGGACUUGGUGUUUUCGUCAAACAGAAGUGAACUAGAAAGCCUGGGUUUCUCACAUUCAUUUGAUGGAACUCAAGUAUCUGCCACUGCCACUUCACUGCUUGCUCAUACUGUAUUAAAAGCUGCUACCAAUAAAACAGGUACAUCCUCUGGAUUUGGCAGCCCUCUUGGAAGAAGCCGACACAGCAGCAGCCAAUCUGAUCUUUCUUAUUCCAGCACCACUGCAUCAGGACUGAGCUUUACAGCUUGUAUGUCAGACUUCUCUCUGUAUGUUUUUCAUCCAUAUGGAACUGGGAAGCAGAAAACAACUGUAACUGGCUUGACUCCUGGAUCAAGUACAUCAGGUGUUGUUGACGAAGAAGCCAGUUCUGUCACAGGCCGUAAGGAUUCUCUCAGUAUUAACUUGGAAUUUGUGAAAGUUAGCUUGUCCAGGAUGAGGCGAUCUGGAGGGAGUUCAUUGUUCGACAACCAAACACCGAUCAAAAUUAACAGCAAGAUGGAAACCACUUUAAUCAAUAUCUCUGCUGUCUGUGACAUAGGAUCUGCUUCCUUCAAGUAUGACAUGCGUAGACUUAGUGAAAUUCUAGCCUUUCCAAGAGCCUGGUACAGAAGAAGCAUUGCUCGGCGCCUCUUCCUAGGUGAUCAGACAAUCAAUUUACCAGCCUCUGGACCUGUAACUCCGGAUUCUAUUGAAAGUCAACAUCUUUCUCCUGAAUCAACACGUAAGGCUUACUGGCGUACCUGGGAGCAAUCUGCACAGUCUUCUAAUUAUUCGCACAUGUCUCAGACAGCAAAUGUUUUCAAUGAUCACACUUCAUCAUCACCAGCUGGCAUGAUUCACAGUGUGAAAUCCCCUUCGGUGAUCCGAUCUAGGAAUAUCUCAGAAUCAUCCGUUCCAAGGAGAGAUUCUAUUACCAAAAUGUCAUCAACAGCAUUCAAUAAGAAUGGAAAAGUUGCAAACCAGCAAACAGCGCCUUGGGAGACUUUAGUCGUUUUUGCAAUCAAUCUGAAGCAGUUAAAUGUUCAAAUGAAUAUGAGUAAUGUAAUGGGAAAUACUACGUGGACAACUAGUGGAUUAAAGAGCCAAGGACGACUGUCUGUGGGCAGCAACAGAGACAGAGAAAUAUCAAUGUCUGUUGGCCUUGGCAGAUCUCAGCUAGAUUCCAAGGGAGGUGUGGUUGGGGGCACCAUAGACGUUAACACCUUGGAGAUGGUUUCUCAUAUCUCAGAACAUCGAAACCAGCAACCCAGCCAUAAAAUCCAAAUCACGUUGGGUUCCACUGAUGCUCGUGUUGAUUAUAUGGGAUCAAGCAUACUGAUGGGAAUUUUCAGCAAUGCAGAUCUGCAACUACAAGAUGAAUGGAAAGUUAACCUUUAUAAUACAGUAGACCUGAGCAUGACUGAAAAAAGUGAAGUGUUUGUUCAUGGCGAUCUGCAGUGGGACAUUUUCCAGGUCAUGAUUUCACGAUCAACCACACCUGACCUAAUUAAAAUUGGAAUGAAAUUGCAAGAAUUUUUCACCCAGCAGUUCGAUACAAGCAAACGUGCCCUGUCCACCUGGGGACCUGUCCUCUACAUACCUCCUAAAACACCAGUAAUAAAUGUGGAGAGAAGUUCUAGUGAACAUUUAUUGGAUGCAGCCCAUCAUCGCCAUUGGCCAGAAGUGUUAAAGGUGAUUGCUGGAUGCCAAAUUUCCUUAUUCCAAAUGCCUCUGCCUGAAGAUGCAGUGCAACUGGGUGGAUCUAUGAGUUUGCAUGGAAAUCACAUGACUCUAGCAUGUUUUCAUGGACCAAACUUCCGUUCAAAAUCAUGGGCAUUAUUCCACCUCGAUGAGCCCAAUAUUGCUUUCUGGACAGAGGCUCAGAAAAUCUGGGAAGAUGGUGCUAGUGACCAUUCAACGUACAUUGUACAAACUUUGGACUUUCAUUUGGGACACAAUACAAUGGUUACAAAACCUGGUGGUGCUUUAGAAAGUCCAAUGGCCACAAUAACCAAAAUAACGAGACGCCGUCAUGAAAACCCUCCACAUGGUGUUGCAACAGUACAGGAGUGGUUUAAUUACGUUACUGCCACGAAGAAUGAAGAGCUCAACCUCCUUCGAAAUGUUGAUGCUAACACCACAGACAAUAAGGCAACUAUUAAAAAUUCCAGUCUGCUAAGUGGCUUCCGUGGAACUGCUAACUACAACCAUGAGACAGAAAAGAUCUUUGCUUUGCCAAGGAUGCAGCUGGACUUCAAAUCAAUACACAUGCAGGAACCUCAAGAACCUUCACUACAAGAUGCCAACAGUAAGCCUAAGGUAGAAUGCAGUGUUGUGACAGAAUUCACUGAUCACAUUUGUGUCACCAUGGACGCUGAACUGAUUAUGUUCUUGCACGAUCUUGUAUCUGCUUACCUCAAAGAGAAAGAAAAAGCAAUAUUUCCUCCUCGAGUUCUUGCCAUGCGCCCUGGCCAAAAAAGUCCUGUUAUUGCUCAUGACGACAGUUCCACAGAUAAAAACAAGGAGGAGGUGAUCUACACAACUGUAGAUUGGAGAGAGUUUGUUUGUAAUACCUGGCACCUGGAACCCACACUAAGAUUAAUAUCCUGGACUGGAAGGAAGAUUGACCCCGUGGGUGUAGAUUAUAUUCUUCAAAAACUGGGAUUCCAUCAUGCCAGAAUCACUAUACCGAAAUGGGUGCAGCGAGGUGUCAUGGAUCCAUUAGAUAAAGUUCUGUCAGUUCUUAUUAAAAAACUGGGAGUAGCACUACAGGAUGAAAAAGAAAAGAAAGGAAAAGAUAAGGAGGAGCAUCAAAAAUAAAGUUCAUUACAAGAGAACAGGCACUCAUUGUUAUUGCUGUAAAUUUCAUUUGUGGAUUUAAUGGUGUUUAAUUAUUUUAAAAGAAUUCAACUUUAUGGAACUUUAUUAGCAAAGAUCAACUGGAGAAUACUUCCAUAUGAUAAUUUAAUGACUGGCAUAACUGUUGUUAUGAAUGUAUUACUGUAACGGUUUGCUGUGGUGCCACUUUAAACUAGUUCAGUAUUGCACAAUUAUUAUAUUGUAUAUAUGGAAACAUAGUAGUGAACAGUGUCAAAAUGCUGAUCAGCUUUGUGAUUAUGUACAAUGCAUUUAAUGUCUUUAUUUUAAUUACCAAAAUGAACAUUAAGAGUUAUCCUAUAUUUCAGUUGUUCAUAAUUAUAUUGCUACUGUUAUGUAUUUGUUGUGAUAUGGAUUGCACUGGAAAGAAAAAAUGUUAUGGUUAAAAUUAUUAAUCACUUUAUUGCUCAUACAGAACAAAAUGGUUAUAAGUUCAUUGGUGAAUGUCAUGUAUUUUAAAACUCAAAAAUGAAUGACACUGCUCUUUAAGCUGUAACCACUCUCUAAUCAACAAAACAUAUGCAUUGUACUUCAUAUUAAGCUAUAUAUUUUAUUUUUUUAAACUGUAUUGGCAUAUUUAUACUGGCAACAGUGAUGUCUUAUCAACAAGAUACUAAAUUGACAUCCCUUUUCCCUGUCAUUCUUAAAAAAGAGCAGAGAUGUGGUUUUAAUCACUUAACAUUUGUCCCUCAUCCAACCCCUAAAACCAUGACCUCAAGAUUUAUUUAAUCCCUUUUUGUGAAAUGACAUGUUUAUGCAUUAGCAGAUGUAUUUCUGUAAUUUACUACUGUGAUCACAGUUCAAAGUACUUUUUUUCAUAAAGUGCUUUGACGGA